CGCGCUGAUGACAAAAUAGAAUCUACUACCGAAUAUUUAACAGGUGAUGAAAAUCAUAUUAUUUUUGAAGCAUCUCAAGAAAUAUUUAAUUUCUCUGAAUUAAAUUUUAGUGAUUUAUUUAACUAUGAUGCUACUGAUAUAAUGAUAAAUAAAGAAAGUGAAACAAGUAAAAUAACAGAAAGCCUAGAAAAAAUAGAGAGUAGUAACAGUAACUUCAUGGACAUGGAAAAUGAAGUUUUAAUUGACUUAACUGAACGAGAUGCUAAUACUAUGACAACUUAUGAAAUUUAUAUUAAUAAAAGUACUAUGGACAUAGAAGAAAAUUCAUCAGAUUAUGAAACAACUGUAUCUAAAAAAAAAAGCGUAGUUUAA